AUGCAAUAGAAGCCUGCAAAUUAGAGCCUCAGUUUUUCAGCUAAAGCUAGAAAAAGUACAAAGAGCAAAGCGAGGAAGCAGGCGUUUUUCCUCAUUUCAGAAGCAAGUUACUAUUAGUUUCCCAAGCUGGACAAAUACAGUCAACUGUAUCAACAAAGCUCUGGUAUUGCAAUUCGGUAUAAUUCAUCUGCCAAGCAACUCCCUGCGUCAGAUGGUUUAGUGUAUCGAAAACAAACACAAGAAGCUCUGUUCACAGUUGGUAGAUUACAAAAAACUUCAGCCAAGAAUCAGGUGUCAAGAUUGGAUGUUUAGGAUGGUUUUUCAGAUCCUUUGUGUUGAAACUAACAAAGUUGUGGAAAGGUACCUUUGAUCAUUGUCAUAAAGAAUAGAUAGAUCAAGAAAGGUGAAAUCAAAGCUGAAGAUCCUUCAUAAAUAAAACUUGAAUAGACAUUAUAAGCCCAUACUUGCACAGUUGUUGUCUGAUCAUCAAUUGUAUAACAAGAAACUUGUUAAAAUGACAGAUAAAAUGGAUUUGCAAGACUCUGCUGCAAGUGCAUCAAUGCAUGGCUUCGGAAGAAUUUUCAUCACAAAAUCCAAAGUACUGAGGCUUGUAUGGAUUUGUUUCAUGAUUCUGUUUGUAGCCCUUUUGGCAUAUUUCCUCACACCAGUUUUGAAGAGAUAUUUCAGCAAUCCAUCAGUAACUAAAGAAGAAACAGUUAUUGCACCAAGAAUCAGAUUUCCAGCAAUAACUAUUUGUGGGGCUGGUAUGAGCAAAGAGAAACUGGAUAAAUUUGGCAAGCUUCAUAACAAAAGUUUUGAGAUGUAUGACGAUGUAGAAGGAAUUGGCUUUUCUCGGGAUAUGCGUGAAGAAGACAUAUUUCAAAAGCUGGGGACUCAUGAGAAUAUAAAGGGGGUAAUGCCUGAAAAGGAAAAGCUAUUUCUGAAAAAUCUGUCAGGAUCUUGCAUGUUCAAAAUGCAAUCUGGCUGCAACCUUUCAACAGAUAUUGAUACAAUACUAGUAGUAGAAAGAGGAUAUUGUUUUCGAAUCAAUCCAAAUGGAACAUAUUUUCAAAGUAGAGCAGGUCCAGGACAUGGAUUAGCAAUCACUUUCUUUCUUAACACUUCAGAUAAGGUACCAUGGACAAAAAGCAACAAUGGAGAUUCCAUUGAAGCAAUUAUUGGAUAUCACGAUGAAUACCCAUUUCCUUCAAUUGGCUCUGUUCUCAUCCCAGUUGGACACUCAACUCAAGUCGAACUUGGAAAAACUGAAAUUGAGAGACUUCCACCACCUUUUCCAUCAAAGUGCACAAAUGGAGACAACAUGCCACUACUGCUGUACCCUGGAGAAUACUCCAUACAAAAUUGCCAAGAAAGCUGCUUUGCAUUUAAGGUUUCUGAUAAAUGUGAUUCUCUAGAUUUUUAUACAAACACAUCCCUACCAAAAGAACUUAAAAAACCAUUCCCAAAAACUGAGGAAGAUUUCCUGUGUGGCUUUAGAAUAUAUGAAAAUUUAGAAAAGACAAAUUUUGCAAGCUGUAAAUGUCCAUUGUCCUGUUAUGAAACAAAGUUCACAAAAACAAUCUCCUAUUCAAGAUGGCCAUCAGCUGCAGAUAUGCCAAUAUACAAAAAGCUCUUUAGUAAAGCAUUGGGGAUGAACAUUAGUCAAGUGACAGAUAAAUUCGUAGAGAGAAACUUUAUGAGACUGAAUAUAUUUUUUGGGGACAUGACAUAUAACAAAGUGAAGGAAACAAAAAUGUACACAGCUGAUAAGCUAAUAAGUGAGAUUGGAGGCCUAAUGGGAAUAUGGAUUGGGGCAUCAAUGUUUUCAUUACUGGAGAUACUUUUCUUGUUAGUACAGGUUAUACAGUAUGGCUUUGGAUCAAAGAAACUUAGAAAGGAAAAUGAUCUGACACUUGAAAAUACAAAAACAUAGUUUGAUAAAGUAACAUAUUCAGUAAAAGUUUCUUUGAAAUAAAUUAUUGGUUGAACUAGAACAGGGGUGGGCAACCUUUUGGAGACUGGGCCAGAGCCUUCAAAGCUUUUCUUUAAGUGAGCUCAAGGUAAUAAGAUAAACAAAUACAAUAGUUGUAAAGAAAUGAUGAUAAUAAUAAUUAAAAACCUUCAUCAUUUUAAAAACUUUCAUCUAAGUUUAAUACAACUAUAAUUACAAACCUCUCUUUAACAUGGAUAGUUUGCAACAAUAGAUAAGUCUGUUACAAUUGUAUUUGUGCAAAAGAAGAAAAAGGAUGUUAUUUAGGGAUUUGAGAAAUCAUUCUAGAAAGGAAGUGCAGAAUUUUCCACUUGGCAGAAUUCUCCGUUUAGCAUUGGCCUUUUAGCUCAGGCCAUUCAUUUGAAUAUAUGUAAACACCAGUUUAUCUUAUAUAUGUAACGGUUUGGCUUUCGUAUUUAACAAAUUUAGUAACGUUUCCGUUGUAUUGCGUGUUAAAGUCACAUGUUCUGUUAAGUCCUGUUGUGUUAGUGAACAAUGCCUCUUUAUCGCAAUGUGUUUGUCUUUCAACAUGUAGUGUGAUGCUCAUAUUGUCCUGUUAAUUAGCUUCCGUUCAUGUUAUUAGGUUAUUAGUAUGUGUUCAUAACUUUAUAAGUUAGUCAUCUGAUUGAAGCAUUAGAGAAAACAUGAAAGAGCGAGUAUCUUUUGUGCGUUACUUAUUCGGGGCUUAGGCCCUUUGGCCUAGCCCAUUGCUCCACCAACGAGCUGGCUAUUCACCGCCAUAACAAGAAGCCUAAAUGUUACAUAUAGCCCCCCCCCCCCCAAUAGAGACAUCCGUGAUCCCUGCUGAACUGCCUUGAAUACGCCCAAUAAGUUUUGUUCUUGCUGCAUUUGUUGACCUCGCCCAGUCCCUCAAAGAUUCUGCUGUCCUGUCUUUAAGCAGUGUUCAUGACAUUGUUAAUGAAUUCAUGACAACGGAUAGUGAACAAAUGAUUCCCAGGUUUGAUGAAGAUAUUAGAUAAUCUUUUUUUGAAUCUAUAUUUUUCAUUCAAUAUUUGCAACCCUUCUGAGAAUCAUCCUUGCCAACCAAAAAAACUAUAAUAUGAUUUUUUCUUCUUGUGGGCUACAAAAAAUUCUCUUCUCAGGCUGGAUUCUGGCCUGCGGGCUCUGGGUUGCUCACCCUUAAGCUAGAACUACAGUACAGAACUACAGAUACUAGAGAAAACUAUCUUUAGUAGGACAAGCAAAUUGAAGCAACAAACAGGGACAUAAUGACUAGCUGUGAAUGAUAUUUUCAAUUAACCUUCAACAAGAUGUUAACACUAAGAAAUGCCAAUUACUGAAUUUCUAGCAGUUGUUGGCAACUCGUAAUGCAUAUAUGACAUAAAAUUGUAUAUGUGAAUGACAUUGUAUUUUGAAAAUCAAUGCACCUGCAAUGCUCGGAAUCAAUUAAGUCCAUAACCCAAUUUCCCCUGAAUUGUUUCAUGUGAGCGUAUAUUAGUAUCUGGUAUAUUAUAGUAGUAUCGUAUAUUACUAACAACUCUCAACAGCAUAAAUGCAAUAUUCUUGUACAGUAGCUUUUCAGAUUAUUGGAACAGUCCCAACCUGAUAUUGCAGACUUCAAUUGGUUUCUACUCUUUUUAUAUUUUUUUGGUAAUCAAUAAGAUAAGGCAAAAUUUGACUCCUGGGUCUGGGUUCAUUUUUGCACAUAAAAGACAUUAUGUAAAGUAAGACGAAUUCAAUGUUUCAGGUGAACAUGAUGUCAAAAGGCACAUCUCCUUCCAAAAACCCUCUUUUUACCAAACUUUCUUUAUCCCCACACCUUCAUAUAUCACUUGAACUUCAAGCUAAAAAACAAUAACACUUCAAUGUAUUUGUGGAGCCCUUUUGAAUUCAUUUUCAUUCCGUAGUGCCUGGCUUCUAAAAUAUAGCUUGAGUUUACAAAUUAAAUUGCAUGGAAAUUGAAUCUUGCGUGGGAAGAAUACUAAAAUCCUGAGUGUAUUCUUGGACUUCUUAAGACAAUUGUUAUAUUUUCACACAGACUUUUGAACUUGAUGUUUUGCCUUUUUGCUCAUAAUGCAAUGAAGGAGCAAUUUAUUUUAAAUGAACUUAUGUAGCUUAAAGCGUGCUGAAUCCAAUUCUAAGAUUCAUUUCUAGAUUCGACCUCCCAUCUCCAAGUAAGCCAACAAUAAGCCAGUAAAAUGUUACUCACUAAAUCU